CCGCAGUGUUAGUGUGGGCGUGGAGCCAGACUGACAGCAGAGCCAUCAGCGGUGGAUUCACACAGUGGAACACCGAGCACAGAGCAGAGCACAGAGCAGGGAGUGUUUCUGAUCCUGGGGAGGAUUUUGCGUCGUUUUUCUGCUGAUAUACGAGGUGGAAAUACAAAGUCAGUGCCGCAGUCGUUUUUGGAAUAUUAUCAGCUCUGAGGAUUAUUGCCAGACAACUGGAUCAAGUCUCCUAAAUCACCAAUCCUUCCUCAUGAGGAAAGAUGGGGAACGGAUUGUCAGAGCAACCCAGUGUCCUUUCAAACAUCCCGUUCUUCCAGUCGUUCCACAUCGCCAUCCUCGGCCUGGACUCUGCGGGGAAGACCACUGUUCUCUACAGACUGCAGUUUAAUGAGUUUGUGAACACAGUGCCCACCAAGGGUUUCAACGCGGAGAAGGUGAAGCUGUCUCUGGGCGGGCACCGGGCGGGGACGUUCCAUUUCUGGGAUGUAGGCGGUCAGGAGAAACUUCGCCCCCUGUGGAAAUCAUACACACGAUGCACGGACGGCAUCAUAUUCGUGGUGGACUCUGUUGACGCAGAGCGCAUGGAGGAGGCUAAGACUGAGCUCCAUAAAAUCGCUAAGACAUCAGAGAACCAGGGGGUGCCUCUGCUGGUGGUGGCCAACAAACAGGACCUGAGGCACUCUUUGGGACUCGCUGAAAUCGAGAAACUGCUGGCGCUGAAAGAACUGGGCCCCGGGACUCCCUGGCACCUUCAGUCAGCCUGUGCUAUCACAGGAGAUGGACUCAGGGAGGGCCUGGAGAGGCUCCAUGACAUGAUCCUCAAAAGGAGAAAGGUACUCCGGCAGCAGAGGAAAAAGAGAUAAAGCUGUUCAAAGAGAGACUUGUGACUGUUGUGUUAUUAUGUGAAGGAAACAAAGGAUCCUGGGUGCAGGUCCUGAUUCAUCAUGCUGAGUUUUAUCAGUCCAAAUAUUGAGAUGUAGGAUUCCCCGGCCUUGUUCUUGAGAUGAUGCUGUUGAUCAGGAAGUGAUGCGUUAAAAGGAAUACAGUAUGAAGAAGAGAAAGAUUCAGACAUGUGUGGAUAUGUUUAUCAAGAGCUUUUAUACGGAUCCAAAAGCACUGAGGGUCAGGGGUCUGGAUGGGUGAUAGAAGUUAAGGAUGCUGUAUGUUUCAUGAGGGGCUGUUCAAAACAUGACUACCAAAAAUAAUUUAAGAGACGUUUUGGACAAGCUGAAGGGAUGUUUGGUAAAAGGUUGAAGGUUAUUACACCAGGGUGAGUUAUAUUUCACUGUUUCAUAUGUAAUUAUAAUUUGUUCUUUUUUUUUUUACACUGGACUUUCUUUGUUUAAGAAAAGUAUUAUCAUGCAUUGUUAUCGAUAUGUUUGCAGGCUUAUAUCUCGUUUUUAAGAGCACUUUAGAUUAUCACUUCGUAUGAAGUUUACAAGUUUGAAAUAGAGCAUACGUGUUGGAUUUUCACAGAAAUGUUUGGGCAAAAAACAAGAGAUGUAGUUGGUCCAUAUUGGCCACGUUGUCAUUAGACAGGUUAUGUUUUGCUUAAUAAAACAAUAAAACAUAGAGCAAUGUUGA